AUGCGGUUUAAUGGUGAGAUGAUGGGUUAUAUGGAAGCUUACUUGAAAGAGAUAAAGAUUUGGCGGUUGCUUAGUGAGUGGAAAAGAGAGACGAUUAUUGGUACUUUGCAGAUGAAUAGUAGAUGCCGGGAAUGGUUUUACUUGGUGCAGCUGGCUCUUGGUCGUACGGCCUUGGACCAGGAAGUAGAUAGGUACUCGUCAGGGAUGUACACCCUUCUGAAGAAUCGAGCUAAGGCUUUGGGAUACUCGGUGGCGGAAAUAAGCAAUAUUCAGCGGGUGGAAGCUCGUUUGACCAGGCGGUUCUGGAGUCUUUACUUGGAAUGGGCUCCGGUUAUUCUCAGAGAAACAACCCGGACUAAGCAGUACUUACACGCGAAAAGUAGCAUAGACCUGCCUUAUUUGCACGAGCUAAGAACUCCACUUAGUGAUUACUUGAUUGAACGUGUCUUAGUGCAAACUUUACCUGCUAAUGUUCGGGUGUACUUCAUUGGCCCAACUCAGUCCACCUUAAUUAUUUGGCUAGCCCAGAAGGAUCCCUUUGGUCUACCACGGCUUAAGUACUUACAACGGACAAUCCGAGUAGUGGUGCUAGUAGAGAACGAGCAAACACUAACUUGGGCCCAAUUAGCUACUUUACGCGGUAUCUUUGGCCAAGCAGUGGUCCAAAAAAAGAUGGUCCUACCGAGGAUCGAACUCGGGUUACGGGAUUCAAAGUCCCGGGUGCUACCGCUACACCAUAGGACCUCAUGA